AUGCAUUCAAAAAAGGAUGAACUGGAUAAAAGCAAGACACUAGAUAAUGCAGACACAAUGCAGCUGAACAAAUCUAACCCCAUAGCCACUGGACUAUCAGUGUGCGAUGUAUCAAAAAUAUUAGACGAGCAAAGCUAG